CUCUUGACAAGUCGUAGACGGCCGGCCUAGUAGGGACUAGGGAGAAAUUAUUUUCAGAAUGAAUCAAGAAGGCGUACAAGCUUGUUGCGCCGUUUGUAAUCAGCAAACACAUAGGCGAUGCGCUCGGUGUCUCAGUAUUUACUAUUGUAAUACGGAACACCAACGGCAGGAUUGGAAGCGACAUAGAAGUGAGUGCACACCUAAGCCUCCAAAACAAGGAUCUAAAAGCAAGAAAAUUGAACGGAGUUCUACAAACAGCGAACCUGCGAAUAUAGUAGAAGAACAAAUAAUCGACACUGCAAAGGACAGUGAAAGUAAGGAAGUAAAACAAGAAGGUAGUACAAGUGACAGACAUUCGAAAAAAUCAAAGAAAAAAAGUUCCAAGAAAGAAGGUAGUGACAUUAUUGUUGAUAGUAAACAUAGCUCAAGUCAAGUUCGUGUGAACGAGCAAACUGACAGUAGUGAUAAAAGUGGGCAGUUGGAGGACAAUAGUGUAAUUUCUAGCGUAGUGUAUACUAAUAAAGACUUGAGUAGUUCGAAAGAUAGUGCCAUAACAUACGAAGGCUCGUCAGAGCAGGAGAUUUUGAGUGAAUCGGCACAGCAGUUAAGCACAGUGGAGUUCGCCGCGGCAGGUUCGUCGAAUGUGUUGCGAGCGGUGAACAGGACUGACGUCAAGAUGCCUGUGAUGCCGAGCUAUGGGCCAGAGCACCCGCGGAAGGAAUAUCCUGAAGCUUCAGUGAAGGGUAGCCCCGCGCCGUUCAGCAAUAUGCCAAGCACUUUCUACAUGGACCCAAGUGAUCCAUGCUAUGAGAUCUGUCAGCGGGUGAUCAGAGACAUGACAACGUAUGGUGUGUGUGUUUUAGACAAUUUCCUCGGCAAAGAUAGAGGACAUAUGGUGCUAAAUGAAGUGUUAGAAAUGUACCGAUCUGGAGUAUUCACAGCAGGCCAACUGGUGUCGAACCCUGGCAGUACAGAAGCACAGACCGUCCGCAGUGACCGCAUCACAUGGGUUGAUGGCAAGGAGCCCCAUUGCUUCUACAUUAGGCAGUUAAUUAGCUAUGUUGACAACAUCGUGUUACGAGCUAAUAAGAUGGCCAACAAUGGGAAGAUGGGAGACUACAUAAUCAAUGGCCGAACGAAGGCGAUGGUGGCAGUGUACCCUGGCUGCGGAAGCCACUACGUGAAGCACGUAGACAACCCCAACAAAGAUGGCCGCUGCAUCACCGCCAUCUACUACCUCAACACAGACUGGGAUGUGCGUCGCUACGGGGGACUGCUCAGGGUUUUCCCGGAAGGCACGAACCAGGUGGCGGACAUAGCGCCGAUCUUCGACCGCAUGCUGUUCUUCUGGUCUGACCGACGGAACCCGCACGAGGUCCAACCUGCAUACGCUACUAGAUAUGCCAUUACUCUGUGGUACUUCGACGCUCACGAGAGAGAGGAGGCGCGUCGGAAUUUCAAAGAACGCGGCCAGCCGUCAUCGAGCAAGUGAUACAGGGGCGCUAGAAGCGCGCCGCGGCGUCGACGCGUGCUCUUAGCAGCGGAACAACGCCGACUGCAUAUCAAAUUGUAUGUUAUUACGCCACAAUAGUUGUCAUUUUAUACCGAUUUAGUUAUACGUCCAAGCAGUUGUGUCACUAGGGUGACGUGGGAUGACGGGGUGACACCCUGAUGUGAGGUGACACCUAUGAUAUGGGGUGACACCUAUGAUAUGGGGUGACACCUAUGAUACGAGGUGACACCCUGAUGUGGGCUGUAACUUUAGGUGAAACCUGUUCCAUAUCCACUAUCCUAAGACAUCCGAUCUAAGAGUCCCCCUAGCGACAUGUUUGUGUCAAUUUGUUGGAUUUGCUUAGUAAACAAUGUAUUUUGCUUUCGUCAUUAAAAAUAACCCUUUUCUAGCAAUGGCCAAGUAACCUUAACACGUUAUCAGAAAUAUAAUUCUUAUUCAUAACAAAUUAAACAUUCGCGUAGUUUGUCGUAAUGAAUAUGAUUAUCUACAUGCAAUAAUUACUCGAUUAAAUUACAACAUUACAUAAAUGUUAGGCUGAACAUAAACCCGCCUUUAUAACUCUUUAUUUAAGGUUAAUGUGUUUCAAACAUUUUUAUAAAUGUUCUUAUUUCUACGUUCUUUACUGCCCAAUAUAACAUUCGUUUCUUUAUUUAAAUUAAGCGUUACCCUUUACUAAUGUUUAAUCUUGAUUUUCUUAUAAAUAAUUAUGUUUUCUUUUCUAUAACAUUUAUUUAUCGAUGUUGACCAUCUUAAUAAUAAUAACAUUUGACAGUUUUAACCCAAUAGCAGAUCCUAUAUGGGACGAAUACUUAAAUCAUUUUAUUUAUAAGUGACUAUGUUAAGUUGAAACGACUGUCGUCGACAGAAAAGUCAUACAAGCUUAGUUCCUAAGUUAAUCUGUAUAGUUUGUUUUCGAGCCCUCAAGUAUUAAGUUAUGUUAUAUCGUAAUCUUGUUAACACGUUUAUUAUUUUAGUUGACGAGCAUGUUCACUGAUGUCCCUUUUUAACGCAGAAUGCCAUGUCGCUAAAUUUCAAAUUCGCGGAAUGCCUAACUUUCGCAAAACGCCCAACGUGAUUUCGAGUGACCGUUUUAAGUUAUAUCACUUUUCCGUUACUCGUUUUAUAUAUUAUAUUUUUUUCAUUCCGAGACACCCUUAUUUACAUAACUAACGUCAUAUUUGUCAUUUUGCUAUUUAGAUAAUCUGUGCGAAGGUUCCGCGACCAAAACAGUGUAUUUUAUAUUUCCUUUCUAUAAUUUAUAUUUUUAUUCUACUUAAUUGUUGAUGUCAGUGGACUGUGAGUUCAAUCGAAUAUACGUACGUCACUUAAGGCCUCGCCGUCGUGGUGCAAAAUGAACACUUAUAAAAAGGGUUCUCUUGUAAUUUACAAAAGGAACCUCAUUAAAUCCACCUUGGUAACCAGAAACAAGCUGUGUACAGAACAAGAUAUUGGAUGAAAGGUAGAUAGCUCAGCUCGUCUUGCUGAGGACACUACCGUAGCAUCAGAUAAUAUACUUCAAAUAAAACUAGUGUCAAGGGAUAUCCCAACUACUCACUGAAAUGUACCUUAACUAAGUGACGUACGUUAAUUCAAGGGUGAAAGACUGAAUUCAAACUAUUCAAGCCUUAGAGGAGAUUUAAAAUUGUAUAGAAUUAUUUAUUGUUCUUCGUGACGUACUAGUACCAUUGUGUAAUUAAUAAUUAUAUUAUUGAGAGAAAGUGAUACAUAGUCGCGUUGAUAGUAAUAAUUGUGAUGCAGAAACAUAGGACAAUUUAGCCCUUAAAAAAGGUGUAAUCAUUCAAGCGGCGGUUCACACGAAGCGGUGUGGAACGAACAUGUUGAGAUAACGCAGAUUUUAUAGCUCUUUAGUUUAAUUAAUAUCGGUGGUCAACUACCAUGUCAUGUGUGUGUGAACUUCCCCUAAUAUGCUCAAUAAUCGUGCCAGCAUUUGUACAGUCAUGAGCAAUAUGAUGUAUCCACUUUAGGACUCUGUCGCACUAACAUAUUUGACAUUUAGCGAGACUUACAGUUCAAUUUGUCAAAAAAGUUAAUGUGACAUGGUACCAAAGUGUAUACAUAUUAACGCUCGUGACCGUACCAACGUUCUGCGCCACCUAGUGUGAAUUAUCUGUAAAAACAGAUUCCAUUAUGUAGUUUCCAUCUUGUAUAAAAAACUCUGUCACGAAUGUCCAUCCCUGGACCUGCCUGCCACCUAUGUUGAAGCGACGCUGAUUACCUCAUAAAAGUAUGAAUAUUAUAAAUAUACUUGAAAUAUAUGUUAUCGAUGUAAAUAUCACAAAAUAAAUCGAUAUAUAGACAUAAAAUAUUGUGUGUUAAGUACUGUAAAAAUCGAAGUAUUGAAUUUUAUACGAAAAAUAUUAGGUAAUUUUGAGUAAGGGUCCUUUCACCGACACUUUUCUACGAAUAAAAUAGUACUAGUUUAAGAUCGUAUUAUUUUAUUAACCGUCGUGUCUUACUGAAAAUCCUAUUAUAGAUUAAAUUAUAAGAAUUAGUUUUUAUGAGAAUAGUUAUUUUGUGUGAUAUUAUAACAUGUUAUAAUCACGUAUUAUAA